AUGGCUGCCCCCGAUGUGCUCGAGGCGAUCGUGUACCGCGGCCCGCAAGACUUUAAGAUCCUGGACCAGCGCGUGCUGCCGCAUACUGUCACAUACGACGCCGUCGUGACGCUCAAGGACACCUUCGACGCGAUCAAGGAGAUGCGCGUGCGUGGUGCGCCCGCCAUCGCCGUCACCGCCGCCCUCGGCGUCGCCGUGGCCGCGCACAAGGAGACCUUCGCCGACGUGGCCGCCUGCAAGCAGUGGCUCAACGAGAGCCUCGACUACAUCUCCACCAGCCGCCCCACCGCGGUCAACCUGUUCAACGCCGUGCGCGAUCUGAAGCAUUUCGUCGCCGACUGCAGCGCCGACAGCGCCGCGGGCGUCGUGGCCGCCUACACCGCCGAGGCGGAGCGCUUCUUCGCGGAGGACACGAAGCUCAACGAGGGCAUCAUGAAGCACGGUGCGGCGCACAUGCUGGCAAACUGCGGCGGCGACGGCGACGCGGCCGCCAAGAAGCUGAACGUCGUCACCAUCUGCAACACGGGCUCCCUCGCGUCAACCAAGUACGGCACCGCGCUCGGCGUCAUCCGCCAGCUCCACUAUCAAAAGCAGCUCGCGCAGGUGUUCGCGUGCGAGACGCGCCCCUGGAACCAGGGCGCCCGCCUGACCGUCUUCGAGUGCCUCCACGAGCAAAUGCCCACGACGCUCAUCGUCGACUCGGCCGUCAGCUUCUUGAUGCGCAAGCGCGGCGUGGAUGCCGUCGUCGUCGGGGCGGACCGCGUCUGCGCCAACGGCGACACGGCCAACAAGAUCGGCACGUACAACGUGGCCGUCGCCGCGAAGCACCAUGGCGUGGCCUUCUACGUUGCCGCGCCGACGACGACGCUCGACCCGCGCACGGCGGACGGCGACGCGGUGACGAUCGAGGAGCGCACCCCGACGGAGAUUACGCACAACAUGGCGACGAUGCAACGCGUCGUCGCGGAGGGCCCCACGCUCAGCGUGUGGAACCCGGUCUUCGACAUCGUGCCCGGCGCCCUCAUCACCGGCGGCAUCAUCACCGAGCGCGGCGUCAUCGAGCCGAAGCCCACCGCCCCGCACUACGACAUCGCGGCCUACCUGGCCAAGUCGUCGUAA